GACAAAAUUAAACCCAACGCAUCAACAACCUUCUAACGACCUCUCGGAUCUCCCCAUCUUGACCCUUGCUUUCCUUCUCCGAGUAUUUUAUCUUCUCAUCCACCCACUCCCCCGGCUCUCCAUUUCACACCACUUGCUUCACUCUCCUUUCUCCGCCACUUCUCACUCAGUCACGCUCACCAGCAGCAGCUGCUGGAACCUCCCGCCGGCAGAACGCCAUGGCCUGCUCAGCUACCUCCGCCGCUCUUAUCUCCUCCAUCCCGGCCACCAAAUCCAUGGCUUCUCCCUUAUCUAAACCUUCCAAAACCCUAGCCCCUCUUCCCAACUCCUUUUUGGGUCUCCGCAAGCCCCUCUUCCAAUCCUCCGCCUUCGCCAAUGCUCGCUCCUCCGCUAACCGCGCCCUCAGGAAGAGCUUCGUCGUCAAAGCCACUAGUGAGCUUCCUCUGGUUGGAAAUGUAGCUCCCGAUUUUGAGGCCGAAGCUGUUUUCGACCAGGAAUUCAUCAAGGUUAAGCUCUCGGAAUACAUUGGGAAGAAGUACGUUAUCCUUUUCUUCUAUCCUUUGGAUUUCACCUUUGUCUGCCCCACAGAGAUAACUGCAUUCAGUGACAGACACGCUGAAUUUGAGAAGAUCAACACUGAAGUUUUGGGUGUCUCAGUUGACAGUGUGUUCUCGCAUCUUGCUUGGGUCCAAACCGAUAGAAAAUCCGGUGGCCUUGGCGAUCUGAACUAUCCUUUGGUAUCUGAUGUCACUAAGUCAAUCUCCAAAUCGUUUGGAGUUCUCAUCCCUGACCAGGUAAGACUACUCUGCUGUUAGAAUAGGUGGAUGAACAUAUGGGGUUCUUGCUUUCAUCUUCCGUGGCAUAACAGUAGGGCUACUGCUAAGUCAUGCUUUGAAAAUGUGUAACAAUGUCUGUUUUCAUUGUCAUCGCUAGGGAAUUGCUCUGAGAGGACUGUUCAUCAUAGACAAGGAGGGAGUCAUCCAGCACUCAACUAUCAACAAUCUCGCCAUUGGGCGAAGUGUUGACGAGACACUGAGAACACUCCAGGCUUUGCAGUACGUGCAGGAAAACCCAGACGAGGUGUGCCCAGCUGGGUGGAAGCCUGGGGACAAGUCGAUGAAGCCUGACCCAAAAGGGAGCAAAGAGUACUUUUCGGCAAUUUAGAAGCGGAGAGUAUAAGUCAAGUAUCUCGUAAGCAUUGUUCAUUGGGAAAGCUGAUGUAAUCGAGGAUUUUUUUUUUUCAUUCUCUGUAAUCUGUACCUUUUAGCGGCUAGACCCCUUUGGAGUGCCUUUUCCCGCUAGAAUAAUCGUACUGGACGAGUGAAACGCUCAAACAUUUUCCUAUGAGGCGGAUGGGAAAAAAAAAAAGAAGAAAAGAGUACGUUUGUUUGGGUUCAUAAUCGUAGGUUUAAUCAAGUCCUGUUUUUGGUUCAUAAUUUAUCGACUUUGCGUAUUGAAGGUCAAAUGUGUAGCUUGAUCUCCUA